GCCCACAAUGGAUGGAGUGUGUCUUACACUCGGAAGCAAAUCUGUAUCUUGAAAGGUUCAUCGGUGGACCUAACCUGCUUUUACACAUAUCCCAGUGGAUAUUUAGUCACAUCAACAUUCUGGUUUAGUGCCAAACAAAGUGAUAGGUGGAGAGAAAAUUUGAUCCCAGAGGACCUAACAGAAGACUCAGGGUACUCAGGUCGUGUGAAGUACCCUGGAACAGAAAGUUGUCACUCCACUCUGAGAAUCACAGACCUGAGAGAGGAAGACUCAGCUGAGUAUCGCUUCUCGUUUCAUAAACAGACUUCAGAGUUGGGUUAUAGCUUACCGGGAACAGCUCUUUCCAUCACAGGCCUGCAGGUGAAGGUGACAGGAAGUCAGAAACUGACACUGACCUGUAGCACCACCUGCCCUCUGAGUGACAACCCCACCUAUAUGUGGUACAUGAAUGGACAAUAUCUACAAGAAGACAUCUUUCCCUGGUACCGAUACUUAGUCAGCAGUAAUUAUGCAGGCAGCUACUCCUGUGCUGUAAAAGGCCAUGAGAACCUCCACUCUCCUGCAGUGUGUGUUCACGGUCACAACUGUCAGAGUGUUACUACUGUCAAUAGAAAUGUGUGUGCCUUAAAGGGGACAUCAGUGGACAUUUCCUGCACUUACACAUAUCCCAACAACCCCCAGAUCAGUAAAGCAUUCUGGUCUAAUAAAUGGGGGACUAAAGGGGAGCCUGAAGAUCUGAGCCAGGACCCAAAGUAUGUGGGUCGUGUGGAGUACCGUAUUCCUGGAAAUAAGGAGAAUGACUGUACCCUGAGAUUCACAGGUCUGAGAAUGAGUGACUCAGCUGAGUACAGGUUCAGGCUCAGAACCAUUUUAGGAGGGAAGUUUGCUGGAACUCCUGUAUUGCUGACUGUCACAGAUGUCCUAUUGGAGUUGGAUCCCACAUCUGUGUCAGAGGGGGAGAGUGGCAUACUGAGAUGUAGAACCAAAUGUACACUGGGUCCAAACACAGCCUUUAUUUGGUAUAAGAAUGGACAGCCUAUACCAAACAACUAUCCCUACUCCAACAGCCUGUACCUAAACCCAGUCAGCAAUGACGAUGCAGGCGGCUACUCCUGUGCUGUAGAUGGCCAUGAUGAUCUCCACUCUCCGGAAGUGACUCUCACAGUCAGAUACAAACCAAAGAGCACCUCAGUGUCAGUCAGUCCCUCUGGUAAGAUAGUGGAGGGCAGUUCAGUGACUCUGACAUGCAACAGUGAUGCCAACCCACCUGUACAGAAUUACACCUGGUUGAAGAGAAACGUAACUUCACCAAAAGCUUCAGGGCAGAGUUAUACUAUUACUAAAAUCAGCUCUGAAGACAGUGGAGAAUACUACUGUGAGGCACGGAACAUUUUAGGGGGAGAGAAUUCCAGUCUCAUUCCUAUUUAUAUUCCUGUUGCUUUUAUUUGGGCUCCUGUAGUGGGGGCAGGGAUGGGAGCUGUUUUGGCUGCUGGAGCGCUUGUCUUCACCUACUGCAUGCUGAAGAGAAGAUUCAGAGGAAGUGAUCAUUCCAUAACGGACACACACAGUGUCCAUGUCCAUCCUGACCCUAACAGUGAUACGUACACAGCUCUGAUCAACAUCAAGUCCCCUGAAAAUGAAGAUUUAAGGGGCACCACCAGUGACACAUACACAGCUCUGAUAAACAUCAAGUCCCCUGAAAAUGACAAACAGGAAGGUGUAACACACACAGACCUUCAGAGAGAGGAUCAAAUCCCAGUAUAUGAAAACAUCCCAUUGUAUGAGACCAUCCUGAGAGUAGAACCACCACAGAGCCUGGACUGAAGGCAUUUGGCAGAGACCUAUGGUAUCAAAGCAACCUAGACCUCACAUACGCUCUUGCUAUUACUGUAUAUUAUAUAGAAUUCUUUGGGAUGAGGUUAUUGAGCUUUAAUUUAUUAUUCAUUAUUCAAAUGAUUAAAAGCUGUAAUUGAAAUUAUGUAUUAAUAAUGGACAACUGUC